CUAACUUGAAAAAAAAUUCCUUACGAUCGAUCGCAAUAGGUUUCUCCGCAACCCAACAACAACAACAACAACAACAACAACAACAACAACAACAACAACAACAACAACAACAACAACAACAACAACAACAACAACAACAACAACAACAACAACAACAACAACAACAACAACAACAACAACAACAACAACAACAACAACAACAACAGGGGCUUUCUUACUCGUGGCUUAUGCUCCAUGCCAACUCGGCAAACCCAUGAACUUGUCUCCCAAAUACUUAGG